AUGUAUCGAAGGAACAAACAAGCUAAAAUAUAUGUUCCACCAAAGGAGAUGACUCCAUUGACCGACCAAGCUGGUGUCGAUGCUUUGGAAUUGUUUUUAUUGGAUCGGCAACAACAAUCAUUGUCGGGUACGAGUUCAACAACACUUUCCAAUGAUGAAGUCCAUGUGAAUGAUGAUACCACAGCUACAAAAAUUCCGAAACGAAUGGAAUCUUCCAAUCAUCAUCAUCAUUGCAACAAGAAAAAUAUGAAUGAAUUUUUAGAUCAAAUCAAAGAAACUGAGGAUGAACAGUUGAUGAAACAAGUGAUGGAUAAAUUUGAAAAAUUAAAAUGUGGUUAUGAUGAAAGACCUGCUUCGCUUUCAAGCUCAUUAAAUUCUCAAAUCGAGCAAGAGAUUUUUGAAAAGAAGAUGCUACUCAAGAAAAAGUUGCAGGAUCGAGUUUUUCGUGUCAGUGUUGGAGGACAAGUGUUUCACAUCCCUUCCAGCAUUCUCUCAUUUGGUAUAGACUUGGAAAAUUUUGAAGGAAGCGAUCGAGAUUUAUUGACGACACUCUGUGAACAGGAAUUGAAUUCCAUGGAUCAAGGAGAAGAGGAUAAUCAUUUCAUCAUUGAAAAGGAGAAUGGAUGUAUCAAAAUCCAAAGAGACCCUACUUAUUUUCCAUUCAUCUUGGCAUAUUUGCGAUUGAGAAGAGAUUGGAAAUAUAUCCAAGCACAAGUUCUUGGAAGUGAUGAAAACACUUUGGAAAGAAGUAACAUCACAACGGGAACAGACGACUCUAAGAAUUUUCCUUUCUAUUGCUUUCAUGAGAACCCAUUUUAUGUUAGAGGAAGGAAAUCUCGAAGUGAGUUAGAAGCUAGUUAUGGUGCCUGCCAAAUUGACCACGACUUGAUGAAGAAAUACUUUGUGAAUGAGCACAUUCUCAAGGCAACCAUGUUUUCUUGCUCAUCCAUCAAGUUAUUGAACUCGAUCAGAGAAGAGGCAGAGUUUUAUUGCAUUCCCUCUCUGGCUUCUUAUUUGGAAACGAAAAUCAAGUCAUUAUUCAACCCAUUCGAUUUAAAUUAUCAGCGUGGAGGAACCGAACAAGACUCACAACACAUUUCGAGCUCUCAAGUCAUUGCUACACCAUCAUCUGCAUUCCCAUUGCCUCCUAAAAUGACCGAGCGGGUGGAUACUGAGUACUUGGCGACACUAUUGCCUCCUCGUGACAAUGUUGACGCGGGUAGUAGACAUCAAAUUCUGCUUCAACAAUUGUCACAAACUAGUAUUCAGUUCAGCAUGAACCAAAGCUCCAUCUUGGUGCCAAUGAGAUCUCUUUUAAAAUUUAAGCAUUCCAAGUUUCUCGUUCUUGCACUUUCUAAUGCCAUGAAACAUAUGAAACAAGGAAACUCUGCCUCUCCACCUGUUGUGUCAUUAAUUGCCAAUGUUGAAAUUUUAUACAUGCUCAAGUUCAUAAAAUAUGGAAAGCUAGAUUUGGAAGAGUUGAAUUGGGCACAGGAACAUGACUCUCUCGUGAAUGAAACUUGCAAAGAGUACAAUUUACCAGAAUUUUUCCAAUAUAUUCAUCAUUGCUACAUUACGGAAGAUUAUUUGAGAGAAUUAAUUGGAGGAACCAAUUGGAAGAUGCGUGAAGAAGAGGAGUCAUUACGAGAAGCGUUUGUCGUCCUCAGAGAAAAUCCAAAAUUUUUGGAAGAAAGCAAGAAGAUAUUGAUUAAUGUUUUUGACCAUUUAGAAAGUUUUUCUCCUUCCCCAACUAUUGAUGCUCCUGAAAGCAGUCUCUUGUUUAAUUUUGAGAAUCCUUUCAAUUGCUUUAAUGGACGCCAUAAUGCUCUCUCGAGACCUGAAAUUGUCACUUGCAGAGAGGAGUUUAUCUACAACUUUAAUUUAUUCACAAAAAAUUUGCUAAAUGGUUUAGAUUAUUCCAACGUAUGUUUGGCAGGCGGUUCCGUGCUCUGUACCAUGCUGAGAGCUCCUACAAACCAGAAAAUUUGUGAGCACAAAGUUAUGCCACAUCGUGCCUUCAGUUAUCGAGAUUUGGAAUUUGAAAAAUUGGAUCCCAAAAUCAAAAGCAGUCCUAUGUAUAAGGAUGAUGAACUUGAUGAUCCCAAUGAAAACAUGACCUUUUACUAUGAACGUUUUAAUUCUAAAUACAGUUAUAGAACUUCUGACGUAGACAUGUUUUUGUAUGGUCUCAACGAAGAACAAGCAUUGGAGAAGAUUAAGCACAUCAUUGAGGUCAUUAAGAAAAACACUAAGGAUGAUCAGGUAUUUCUCAUUCGAAGUGGUCAAUCUAUCACUAUAAGAACUUCGAACUCUAUUCGUGCUUUCCAAAUUAUUUUGAGAUUAUAUUCUUCAAUUGAAGAGGUUUUGUGUGGCUUUGAUGUAGAUUCGUGUUGUUUUGCAUUCGAUGGAGUGAAUGUGUUGACAACCCCAAGAGGUAGAAGAUCCAUAAUUUAUCGUUAUAACAUGGUGGACACUUCACGACAAUCCUAUACCUAUGAAAAAAGAUUAUACAAGUAUGCAUGUAGAGGUUUUCGAAUUUAUGUUCCAAAUUAUAAUAGAAAUUAUGUGAAAAGAGAAGGACUACUUCAUCCCUUGCAAGAAAAAUAUUAUUUGAAAGCUCAGAGAAUUCCAAAUCCAUCUGCUGAAAAUUGUAGAGGUCUUGCUUAUUUAUUAUUGCAAGAGAGACGACAUUAUUCAUCAAUUUAUUCAAACUUUGCAUUUGCAAGUGCACUACACUUUCACAACAAGAUGGAUCGCAAACUAAAAGAUACAGAAAAAGACAAGGACCUAUUCAAACAUGAUUGCGAUUAUUCUACAGGUAGAAGUUUUAUUAAUACGGCUCGUCUGGAUGUACAUGGAAUGGCUCUUCGAUAUCAAAAAAUGGAACAAUUAUUUGUGAAUGGAACACUACAUCGUGAACAAUUUCCAAAUCCUUCCAGUUUUAACGCAGUUUAUGGUGUGAAUGAUGUUACGAAAAUUUUACAAAGAGUUGAACCCAUGCCACUCCAAUUUGUCACCAUUAACCCAGGACGACAAGAUAAAAUAGGAAGCUUCCAUCCACACAACAGAAACUUUUAUGAGGAUGCCUAUUGUUGUUAUCACACCAUUCUCGAGAAGAAAAUGAAUGACAAAGAAGGGCAAGAAAAGGGUGAUUUUAUUCUUGCACCACAUUAUUGGGUCAAAGAUAAAUACGAUCAUGUUUGGUAUUGGGAGAGCGAAUAUGACCAAGAUUCAGUGGAAGAGGAUUAUCAAAAGUUUUUAUCCGAGGGUGGAACAUCAACCAAAUCGGAUUGUGGCAUUGAUUUUGUGAAAUGGAGGAAAUAUGGUAAGGCUGACGUGAAACGUGAUAUCAUUUUCAAGUAUGCGGUUUAA